CCGCGUGCAUAUAUCUCGACGUAUGUACGGUUGCGAUCGCAUGAGCCACGAGAACAAUGUAGUGAGUCGGAAGGACUUUGACAAUUUGUGUAGUGGUGCUUUGCAGGCACCAUACGUAAAAGCAGCGGACCAACAUGGUGAGCAUCGUAUACAACAUUUUCCGUCGGCCAGCUCCUCCUCCAGGUACAUACCUAUAUUAUCAACGUCGCGAUCGCUGCGUGGACUCGUCCCUCGGCAUGCUGUAGUAUCAUAUCCGCUGGAUGGUCAUGACAAAGGGACCUACGCUGAGUUUCCUGAGUUGACAGCUUGCUUCAAAUCGGUGCGUAAUCGGGUUCUGCGAGGAAAUAGGACCCUCUCACCGGAUAGCAACACAUAUGCCUACGGCGCAAGACGAAGGAUCUACCUCACUAUAGGAACCGUCCGACGUCCCGCAUGUCGUGCGUACCAGGUAAUUGUGCGUAAUGUGGGAUACCUGAGUCAAGCAACUCUGCACGACUCCGGGUCGGAAUCAUCGACUUUGCGGGACGUUGGUUGCUGCGGGGAGCCUCACUCGGUCUACUCGUGUCAUAGGUUGUCGGUGAGUGCGAAUCCGUGUCAAGGAGUCGAGCGUGCGAGAUGUCGGUCAAACAUGGAGAAGGCAAGCUUCAGUACUGACAUUCUGAAGGCUCAUGCUAGCCCGUGAAGCAUGCAAUGGCAUCGCGCAUUGUCAGCCGCAGCUACAUAUCACACUUCGGACCCUUCCCUAUCAAGGUUCAUCUCGCGGAUGACUCCAGGAAUCGUUGACAACAUAUUACGACAUGGGAUAAAUACAGUAGGUCUCGAACCUAGGGCCAGCCUCCGCUCGCGAUGAGUCGGCAGUUAUGUUAUGAUGCCUCUGAGUUGCUGCCAUGUUGGCCAAUUGCACGCGGCUGGCGUAGGUUGUGUUUACGAAGGCGUCAAGUUAUCAGACAACCGUGCCAAUGACUUUGUGACACGUACUCGAUGACACAGUGAUACAUACUCAGCAACGUCUCA